UCAUGAGGAAGAAGAUAAUAUCAGAGAAGGAGAGAAAGAGAAAGGAAGGGAAAAAUUAGAUUUUGUAUAUCCCCUUUCUUAUUUUCGUAUAUUGUGUGUUAAAAUGAAAUACAAGAGAUAGACUAUAUAUAUAUCUAAUAAUACAUGUCUAAAAACAUUGCUGAAAAUAUUUAAAAAAAACCUAAGUAUGUUUAACAAACGAAGAGUAGCAUUUCGUCACUCCACCAUCCCCAGUGAGUUGUUCCCAAUUUACGCAGAUCCUUAAAUUUCCUCAAAAUCUCACCAAUUUUCAAGCUUUCAAUUCCCAUGGCAAACGCCUGGAAAAGAGAAAGGUCUCCAAAUCUGCUAUCCCUCAACACACUUCUCUUACUCCUCUGUCUUUUCUUCCUUAUUCUCAUCCUUUUCUUCUUCUCUUCUCACCCCACAAAUCUCACUACUUCUCCCAGUAUCAAAUCCUCUUACACUUCCCCAAUUGCCCACAAAUUCACCUAUAAGAUCCCACCUUUUGAUUGCUACAAAUCUCCACAAUCUCACCCUAUAAUUGCCAACACUGUUGAAGGUGUUAAAUUUCCCUUUUUAUAUUCACUUGCUGAUCUGGGAAACUUGCCUGAAAAACCCCAUAAAAAUAUUCAAAGAAUCUUAAAGAAUAAACCUUUUAAAAGGCCUGAUAUUUCUGUGACUGUUCAAGAUGUUUUGGGUAAGUUCCAAAGUGAAGGUAGAAAUGGGGUUUUUGUAGAUGUGGGUGCCAAUGUGGGUAUGGCUAGUUUUGCUGCGGCUGUAAUGGGCUUUCAUGUUUUGGCAUUUGAGCCUGUUUUUGAGAAUUUGCAGAGGAUUUGUGAUGGGAUUCAUUUUAAUCGAGUUGGGGAUUUCGUUACUGUGUUUGAAGCUGCUGCAUCCGAUCACUUUGGGAGUAUUACUAUUCAUAAGGUAGUUGGCAGGUUGGAUAAUAGUGCUGUUUCUGCUACUGGCGCUAAGUUGGCAUUCAAAUCAAAUGAAGAGAUAGCAGUUGAAGUGAAGACAAUACCACUCGAUGAAAUUAUACCAGAGUCGGAACCCGUCCUGCUACUAAAAAUUGAUGUUCAAGGAUGGGAAUACCAUGUGUUGAAGGGAGCAAAAAAUCUGCUCUCUAGAAAAGGAGUUGAAGCCCCUUACCUGAUCUAUGAGGAAGAUGAACGUUUGUUGCAAGCGAGUAACACCACAGCCAAAGAAAUCCGAGACUUCCUUCAGAGUGUUGGUUAUGAUAAUUGUACUAAACAUGGCACAGAUGCUCAUUGUACCAAGAAGUGAUGGGGUGUGAUGUGAAAUUUUCUCUAGAUUAUCCGGGUUUCCAGCUGAGCUUAUUGAGAAAUUUGCUAGAGGCGUUCGAUGAAAACACAUCAGAACAAGCAUAUGAAGGAGACAAAGUAGGAUUUUGUUGUUGAUGAUUGGCUAACUGAUUAACUAAUUCAUAUGUUGUAGUCAUUCGUGUGUUGACGGUAAGAGAAGAUAAUGAGUUAUGGGAGAUUGUUGUCUGCAGUUCCCAUGAACAGUUACAUGAAUCGAGAAGUGGAAGAAGAUAGGGGUCAAUAGGCGGCAGCUUAUUAGCGAGCCUAUGUUUAUCUUCUACUAAGUUCUGAUAUGCUUGUUCCUUGAUCCAUAUCAUGCAAUGUAAUUUAUUGAUUUAUUCAUGUCCUGAUACGAUUAUUCUUAGAUAUGACCAAAAACGGGAUACUAAACUUGGAACAGAUUCUAACGAAUAAUAAUAGUUUUGUUGUGUUUCCGAAGUUCAAACCACAA